AUGGGGGUUUUCCCGCUGGGUGUGCUUGGCUGUUGCCUCCUCUUCCUUCCCGUCCUCACAUUGCCCUCGGAUCCGACGCUCAACGACGACGUCCUCGGGCUCAUCGUCUUCAAAGCCGACCUGCGGGACCCUGAAGACCGGCUGGGCUCCUGGAACGAGGACGACGACAGCCCCUGCGGCUGGGUCGGCGUGAAGUGCGAUCCCCGGACGAAACGCGUAGCCGAGCUCGCCUUGGACGGCUUCUCGCUCUCCGGCAGAAUCGGCCGGGGCCUCCUCCGGCUGCAGUCUCUGCAAACCUUGUCUCUCUCCAGGAACAACUUCUCCGGUGGCUUCAGUCCCGAGCUCUCCCGCCUGGCGAGCCUCCGGGUGGUGGAUCUCAGCGAGAACGACCUCUCAGGGCAGAUCCCUGAGGGGUUCUUCGCGCAAUGUAGGUCCCUGAGAUCGGUCUCCCUUGCUGGAAAUCGUCUCUCCGGUGAGAUCCCGCCGAGCAUUGGAGCGUGCUCAACCCUGGCGGCGCUGAAUCUCUCGUCGAACCAGCUGAUGGGCGCCCUGCCGAGCGGCAUGUGGUUGUUGAACGGCCUCAGGUCCCUUGACAUCUCCUUCAACAAUCUCUCCGGCGAGGUCCCCGCCGGGAUCGACAAGCUCUAUAAUCUCAGGACUAUCACCUUUCGGGGGAACCAGCUGUCGGGGAGCAUCCCUGAGGACAUUGGAGGCUUGGCACUGCUGAAGUCCCUCGACCUGCGCGAGAAUCUACUCUCCGGAAACCUUCCGGCGACACUUCAAAGGCUCUCCGCUUGCGCCUCCCUGCUCUUGGGUCGCAAUUCCUUCACCGGAGAAUUCCCCGCGUGGAUUGCGGAAAUGGGCAGCCUCGAGGCCUUGGAUCUCUCUGGCAACAGGUUCAGCGGUGGGAUCCCAGAUUCGCUGGGCAAUCUGCAGCUUCUGAAGUUCCUGGAUAUCUCCGGCAACGAGUUCGUCGGGAGCUUGCCGUGGUCGAUGUCGACUGCCAAAGGACUCUCGGAGGCAGAUUUCAGCCGGAACUCCCUCACGGGUGACCUCCCCCAAUGGGUGUUCGAACUGGGUCUGCAGCGGAUUUCCAUCUCUGAGAACAAACUCAGCGGGUUCAUUCAAAUCCCCAACGCCUCAUACCACACGCUCCAAGUCCUGGAUUUAUCUGGGAACGCCUUCUCUGGCGGCGUCCCGAUGGAAAUUGGGAGCAUUGGCAGCCUGCGGCUCUUGAACCUCUCCCGGAACUCUCUGUCGGGUCCCAUUCCGGCGAGCUUGGGGGGUCUCAGCGCCCUCGAGAUCGUCGAUUUGAGCUGGAAUCGGUUGUCUGGCGGCAUCCCCCCGGAGGUUGGAGGAGCCGUCUCUCUCAGGGAGCUCUCCCUAGAAGGGAAUUCCCUCAGCGGCAGAAUUCCCUCCCAGAUAGGCAACUGUUCUGCCCUCGUAUCCCUGUUAGUUGGAUUCUUCUCCUGUCAUCCUUCAUCUUUCCCGUACUGUUUCCUCUACUGUUUUUUGAAUGGCUGGUUGUUCGAGCAGGUUGCUAUCGAAGAACAACCUGACGGGCGGCGUACCCUCGAGCUUAGCGAACCUUACCAACCUGCAGAUUGUGAACCUCUCGCGGAAUCGCCUCUCAGGGAACCUCCCCAAACAGCUUGGCGACCUCCCUCACCUUCUUAUCUUCAACAUCUCCCACAACCUAUUCUCCGGCGACCUCCCCGCCGGCAACUUCUUCAACACCAUAUCUCCGUCCUCGGUCUCUGAUAACCCCUCCCUCUGUGGAUCGGCCGUCAACAGCUCCUGCCCAGCGGUCCUCCCCAAGCCCAUCGUCCUCAACCCCAACUCUUCCUCCAAUCCUUCGUCCUCGGGCCCCCUCUUCUCCUCCGACCUCCGGCACAAGAAGAUCAUUCUCAGCAUCUCCGCCCUCAUCGCCAUCGCGGCCGCCGCCCUGAUCACAGUAGGGGUGAUCACCAUCACCGUCUUGAACCUCAGAGUUCGGUCCUCCAACCCAUCUCAUUCUGCCGAUGUGCCCCCCCCGUCCGACGGCUAUUUCAGUCAGUCUCCCGCCACAGAAAACAACUCGGGCAAGCUCGUUAUGUUCUCCGGCGAAAACCCCGGCUUCAGCGCCGGCGCCCAUGCCGUCCUCAACAAGGACAGCGAGCUCGGCCGCGGAGGUUUCGGCGCAGUCUACAAGACCGUGCUCUGCGACGGACGGCCCGUGGCCAUCAAGAAGCUAACCGUGUCAAGCCUGGUCAAAUCACAGGAGGACUUCGAGAGGGAGGUGAAGAAACUCGGGAAGCUCCACCACCCCAAUCUCGUGACCCUGGAGGGCUACUACUGGACUCCGUCUCUGCAACUCCUCAUCUACGAGUACGUCUCCGGGGGCAGCUUAUACAAACGCCUGCACGAGGCCACCGGGGAGGUCCUCUCAUGGCGGGAACGGUUCGACGUAAUCCUCGGGGUAGCCAAGAGUCUGGCUCAGCUCCACCAGCUGGAGAUCAUCCACUACAACCUGAAGUCCAGCAACGUCCUCCUCGACGUCUCCGGCGGGCCCAAGGUCGGGGACUACGGCCUGGCCAAGCUGCUGCCCAUGCUGGACCGGUACGUGCUGAGCAGCAAAAUCCAGAGCGCCCUGGGUUACAUGGCGCCGGAGUUCGCUUGCCGGACGGUGAAGGUCACCGAGAAGUGCGACGUCUACGGCUUCGGUGUGCUGGUACUGGAAGUGGUGACGGGCAAGCGGCCGGUGGAGUACAUGGAGGACGAUGUGGUGAUGCUCUGUGACACCGUCAGGGGGGCCCUGGAGGAUGGCAGAGUGGUGGAGUGCGUGGACAAGAAGCUCGCCGGCAGCUUCCCCCCCGACGAAGCAGUGCCCAUCAUGAAGCUCGGCCUCAUCUGCACCUCCCAGGUGCCCUCUACCAGGCCGGAGAUGAGCGAGGUGGUCAACAUCCUGGAGAUGAUCCGGUCCCCUCAGGACAGCAGCCAAGGGGAGGAACUGGGUUGA